UUUUUUUUUUACUCUGAUAUUUAAUUUUCCAUCGAGUUAAUUAUUUUUGUUUUGUUAAUUCUUUUCCACAUUAAAUUUGAUCUGCUAAUCAUUUAUUUUCUUUCUUUAGUAUUGUUAAAGCGUCGAUAAUAGUGAUCAUUAUGUCCAAUCAGCGAAGUGACAAAGGUCGAGAUGAGAUUAACCUUAGGAAUCUCAAGCGAAUGGAUAAUUCAGUUGUGGAAAUCCUUUCAACUGCUUCGGCUGUAACUGUUUAUCAGUUUUCCAUUGAUGGUAAAAAAUGGGAUAAAUUACCUAUUGAGGGUCCAUUACAUGUUGUUAGACGAUCAACUUAUCCAAGAACUGCCCUGAUUGUCAUGAACAGAUUGGAUACUCAAAAUUUGAUUCAGCCGAUUACAAAGGACACUGAUGUUAAAAUUGAAUUGCCAUAUUUGAUGAUGAAAAAUCUUGAAAAGGGAAUCUUUUGUAUUUGGUUUUAUCUCGAUGAUGAAUGUAAACAAACUGCUGCACUAUUAAUGAGUGAAAUUGCAAGUUUAACCAGAAAUGGUCCAAACACUGGUGAUUCUCAUGGUUCUCAGCCUGUUGAAUCUUUCGUUGAUACAUUGGCUAAAAUUGGUAUUAAAAACGUUACCGUCUCCAAAAGUGCUUCUAAAGGGUUGGACCCUUGUAUUCACAAUGAUGGUAAAAAUUUAGAUCCCAGUGAACUUAUGAGUACACCAAGUAAUAGUUUGGAUAAACAAAAGCUAGAAAAUGGUGGUAGAUCGGUUAAUGUACAAGAUUUAUUUGCUCAAGCAUCAUUGGCACAAGGAGUAGGAGCCAAUAUUUCACAAUCAUCAAUAUCAACCGAUUCUCGACAUACACCGAAAACUGCUUCACGUAACCAAUUUGCUCCAAUCAAUUUAAUCUACGAUCUUGAUAGAGCUAAAGCAGAUGAUUCUGGUGAACCUUCAUUAAUGGUUUCAAGUGAUUCUCAGGAGGAAAUGUUAACCCCAGCCAUGAUUAAGGAAAGAUCAAAUAAAGAUAAAUCAAUAGUUAAAGAAGAUGAUAGACAACCACCGGUAGGAAUUUACUCCAGUCCCGAUCUAGUCCCAUCGAUCGAUGAUUCAUAUAAUUUUGGUGGACAUCACAGUUCUCAACACUCCAACCAUCAAGAUCAUUCUCGACAUCAGUCAUCGAUAAUAACCAAUCGUUCACUUAAUCAAUCAAACCUUUACGAUCCUCAACUUCCACUUGAUCAGUUGAAAAAUGUACUCAUCCAUCUUAUCCAAACUGAUUCUGAGUUUGUUUCUAAGAUUCGAUCUGCUCUCAUUGGAAAUCAACACCAAUCUUCAUAUCAGUGAAAGAAAAGUAAUCAAAAUCCACCUCGAAAACAUGGAACUCAUGAGAAUCUACCUUCUCUUUUCAUUUAUCUCCCUCUCCCUCUCCUCUCUCUCUUUCUCUCUCUUUCCUUUUUCUAUCAUCACCACCGCUACAACAUUUUAUGUUAUAAAACAAAAGUACUUGUGAUGCCAUAAAAAGAAAACACGUCGACUAUAUAAACCACCCGUUAGUUAGAAGUGUUUAGUCGCCUAUUUGGUAAUCGCUUUAAAUACUAGGAACCUCACCCAUUUUCAGAAUUUUUCAUUUUCUCAUAAAUUAUUGUUUACUCAUAGAAAUGUGAUGAGACAAUAAUUAACAGAGCUAAAAAAACCUUUUUGGUUAAUCAACAAGAAAGAAAACAAAACAAACGCUAAUAUUAGUUUAAAAAUGAAAAGAUUGUUAGUAUUUCAAGACUAAUUAACUAAAAGGCGUUUCUCUUAAGUGUUUGAAAGAAGAAAAAAAAAUUUCAUUGGAAAUAAUAAAUUUAAUUAUCCUCCUUCACUGACACAAAAUUUAAAUCACAAUCAUAACCAUGUAACAUGAUGUUACAUCAUUUCCUAUCCAAUGAUCAUCCUAAAUAAACUUCAUCGAGCCUCAUCACAAAAAAA